GGCCUCUAUGUGACAGACCUAUGGCGGAGGAUGAGCCAGCGGGGAAAUGCCUAUAACGUCCCUUUCAUCAGAGCCAGCUGACUGUAAAAGGAGCAAAUGUAUCUAAAAAUAUAAAAAGAAAAAGAAAAAAAAUCUUCAGAGUAUAUAUGUGGAUGAGGGUGGUUUGGAUAAGUCACCUUGUAGAGGUUGUAACCACUAAUCUCCGGGAUAGUAGCUGGGGCGGUUGUCAGAUGUGACCCAGCAGUAAAUAGGUGAGUGUAUCUCCUCACUACCUACCUUCUUCUGACUCUUUGAUGUCCCCGGAGCUGCAUUCGACUUCAUUUAAAGAGCUAUUGACACACUUCAGAAACUGGGCUGAACUUCCAAAUAUUUUGGUUUCAUCUAGCGCAGGAGGGGGGGGUUUGGAAGAAGUUGGCCUGUCUCCAAUUAAGCGUCCCGAGCCUAACUCAUCUGGACAAUCAUGGCUUGUAAAGGAAUGAAUGCAUCUUUUAUAGACCUUAACACCCAAAAGAAAAAAUGCUCGAGGUUUAAAAGUGCAAAAGGAAAGUCCAUCCGUACGGAGCAAAUUCAAAGAGCGGAGGCUUCCUAGGGAUGCUCCUUAGAUCUGUCACCAAGACGUUUAUAGUGUCGGCUAUGGGGACCUUCUCAAGAAGCUGCUUUUUACUGAUGGGGCUCCUGUUCCUAAUGGACCUGUCCAUGAGUGAUCAGAGGAGCCUGACGAGUCCCUACCUGGAGAGAUUCAAGCGUCAGUUCAGAGCAACCAAGACUGAGCUGACGAUCAGCAGCCUCUGCAUUCAGUCCACCAUAGUCUCCCGGUAUGCCUUCACCAAGGUGCAGACUGUUAUGGUCAACCCUCAUGCCGAAUCUAAGGAAGCAAUCUUUGAUUUGGAGUUACCCAACUCGGCAUUCAUAUCUAACUUCACACUCACAGUUAAUGGUAAGACCCAUGUAGCGGAGGUCAAGGAAAAACAUCAGGCCAAGAAGAUGUACGAUGAAGCAAGACGUCAGGGAAAGACAACAGCUCAUGUUGGGACAAGGGAUCGCGAGACAGAGAAAUUCCGUGUUUCUAUGAAUGUUGAGGCUGGAGGAGAAAUUACCUUCACACUGACCUAUGAAGAACUGCUGAAAAGACAAUUGGGGAAAUAUGAGCACUCUGUUAGUGUGAGGCCGGGUCAAAUAGUCCAAAACCUCACCGUGCAGGUGACAAUCUCUGAAAGAACGGGGAUAGAGUAUGUUCGAGUGCUACCUCUGCGGUCCAGUCGUCUGCUGACCAAUACUGUGCGAGGUGAGGCAGCAGCACCUCCAUCUACUGAGAUAGAGAAGAGUCCACACUGUGCGCGAAUCACCUUUCAGCCAACACCUGAGCAACAGGCUGCCCAAUCCACCUCUGGCAUUGCUGCGGAUUUUGUCAUUCAGUAUGAUGUGACCCUAAAAGACCUUGCGGGUGAUGUUCAGAUCUACAAUGGGUAUUUUGUUCACUACUUUGCUCCACGUGGACUUCCAGCAAUCCAGAAAAAUGUGAUCUUUGUCAUAGACGUCAGUGGGUCGAUGUUGGGCACCAAAAUUAAACAGACAAAAAGCGCAAUGCAUGUCAUCUUAGGUGACCUCCACCGAGACGACUUCUUCAAUAUUAUCACUUUCUCGGAUGUGGUAAAAGUUUGGAGACCCGGUACAUCCAUCCAGGCGACAAACCAGAACAUCAAGAGUGCCAAGGAGUAUGUGAAUAAGAUCGAAGCAGACGGAUGGACUGAUAUUAAUGCGGCUAUCCUGGCCGCUGCUUCUAUCUUCAACCAGACCACGCCUAAAUCGGAGAAAGGCGGAGCGAAGCGUAAAAUUCCUCUCAUCAUAUUCCUGACAGACGGGGAGGCCACCUCUGGUGUUACAGCCUCCACCCGCAUACUUCAAAAUGCUCAAAAGGCCCUCAAGGGAACCAUCUCCCUGUUCUGUCUGGCAUUCGGUGAAGAUGCUGACUACAGCCUCAUGCGCAGACUGUCUCUAGAGAACCGAGGAAUAGCGCGGCGCAUCUACGAGUAUUCCGACGCCACGCUGCAGCUAAAGGGCUUUUACGAUGAGAUCGCAAGUCCCCUACUCUUUGACAUUGAGUUGGCUUACCUCGGUGAAACGGCUCAGAAUGUAACACAGACCCUUUUCCCCAAUUAUUUUGAGGGCUCCGAGUUGAUAGUUACCGGAAAACUGAAAUCCGGCGCCAAAAACCUUCAAGUCAGGAUGACCGCGCACGACCAGAAAGAGAGGAUAAGUUUAGAAAAUGACAUCACCGUGGAGGACAAUGCCACCCAAUCUAGUUUCGGAUGUUCAGCCGAUGUAGACCAAAUCCAAUGGUUCGUCCAGAGGCUUUGGGCCUACUUCACCAUUCAGGACUUACUACAGGCAAGGUUCAAGUCAAAUGACACCGUAGCUCGGAAGAUACUCACCGGAAAAGCCACCAACUUGUCCCUGAAGUAUAACUUUGUGACACCCGUCACUUCCAUGAUAGUAGUAAAGCCUGAUGAUCCAGAGGAACCAAAAACAACUCCAGCAACCACUACCGUUCCUACUACUUCACUGCCUAGUACUGCGAAUCCACCUACUCCAAUGACCUCCCAUACUACAGUAUCUAUCACUACUCCAAGUAUUCCUCCGGUAAAAACCAAGACCACUACAGCGGCUAGACUUACGAGGCCAGCCAAUAAAACAUCCAGAACGUCUACAGCCAAAAUAAGCACGAUGAGGCCAACCACUUUAAGACCGUCAACAAUUUCUCAGGUUACAGGAACCAGAGGUCAAGCUACUGUAACUCCUGGAAUUACCACGGCUGGUAUCUUAGGAAAGAUAAUAACUACGGCCCCUUCUACUGGAUCAUAUCCAACUACUCGCUCAAAUUUCCACCACAAUGCCCCUCUGUCCUCCACCAGUACACUACACCCCAGCAGUUUUAUACCAACAGCAACUCCAGUACCCAAGACGGAGAAACCGUCUUCCACUUUCUCGACUUCUGAAAUUCGAAAUAUUUCAAUGGUUCCUAGCAAGGGGACCGUCAUCUCGACCACAGAACCCGCACCAGAGAUAGUGACUGGCGACCCUUCUGCCCAUUCCAUCAGUACCGCUAUGCUGGAAGAACAGGAUGGGGAUGGAGGACAAUCACAUCCCAGCACCGUGUUUCCGACUUCGGUCCCCGUGAACCCCACUUCCCUGAGGCUUCUUAUUCUUCCCGAUGAUACAGAACUUCUGCCUGGGACCUUUUCAUAUUCAACAUUUGUGGAAUCCCUCAACCCUCCUCCAGUUUACAGCUAUUUUGAGGAGAUUGCAGGUAGUAAUAUUUAUGACAGUGCGGAUAUAGUGGAAGCAGAUGUGGAAUACGAUAUGGAAGACUUAUUAGUGGGGUCAGACUAUGCGGACGUUUCUCUCGGAGCCCCUGGACUUCUGACCUUCAUGUCUUCUGUUGAUGGUGAUCCUCACUUUGUGGUUAACUUACCUCACAUCCGGGAGAAGUUGUGCUUCACUCUAGAUGGACGUCCAGGGGAUAUUUUGAAGCUCCUCUCUGAUCCAACUUCAGGUAUCACUGUAAAUGGACAUUUAAUGAAGGCUCCUCCGAGAUUAGGCUAUGAAAACCGCCUUCGGACCUUCCUAGACGUUAUAACCAUCAGCAUUAACCAGCCGUGGGUCAAUUACGUAGUCAAUAUCACCUUGGACAGUUUGAUGCUGAAGGGAGAAAAGUUGACCGUCCUGCCUGUAAACCGGCCCGCUCUGCUGAGAAAGCCCAAACUGACCAUCAAGAUGGCGCCGUCCACCAACAUCACCGUGUGGAUCGGUCGCAAUGUGGAGCUGCUGAUCCUGUUUCAUCACUACCAACACCCAACCUACCUACAGAUGAACCACCUAGGAUUUUACAUUGUGAGAGGAGAUGGGUUGUCGUCCAGCUCUGGAGGCCUGCUAGGACAAUUCCAAAAUUCCUUCAUAGAAGUCACUGAGCGGAAACAGGACAAUGAUGUGACCUUCUCCGGGAUGCUCAGAAGAGGCAAUCACACAGCGCCAGCAUCUCUGGUGGUAAAGUCCUUAAAGGACUCGACGGCGCAGACGCACCUGUCCAAAUGUUGGCUGGUUAAACACACAGACAUCGAGAGGAUUCUGGACGGAGACUACCUCUCCUAUGUGACAUCAGACCAUCAGGAGAUGUGAGAACUCCAGCUAGAAAUGUACUGAUGUAGCAGAGGUGUUUACUGUGACCCCUUAAAGGGGUACUCCACUGGAAAACAUUUAUUAUUUUAUUUUUUUAAAUCAACUGGC